AGCGGGCCGGGCCGCCCGGGGGGUCGCCUGCUCGCCCGCACCCUGCGCGCCGCGCUCUGCUCCGGGGCGAUGGGCUGGGCCGUGCUGACGCUCCGCCCGGCGGCGCGGGGCCUCCUGGGCGCCCGGGUGUCCGCAGCGGUGGGAAUACAUACGAGCGCGCAGAGCCAGAAGCUCUAUACCUUUUGGGAUUAUAUCUUCGGAGAAAGAACCACCAAGAGAUUGACCGAGAAAAGCAGAGUUAUCACCGUGGAUGGCAAUUUAUGCUCCGGGAAAAGCAAGCUUGCCAAAGGAUUGGCAGAAAAGUUAGGUUUGAGGCACUUUCCGGAAGCAGAUGUGUAUUACUUAGACAGAAGCGUGGGAGAUGGAACAAUAAAAAAUCUGGAUUACGGAGCCAGUAGCAGUUUGGAGGUGUUUUACGAUAAUCCCAGAAGUUCUGAUGGAAACUCCUACCGCCUGCAGUCCUGGUUGUACACCAGCCGCCUCCUGCAGUAUGCCGACGCGCUCGAACACCUGCUGAGCACAGGACAAGGUGUCGUCUUGGAACGGUCCAUCUUCAGUGACUUUGUGUUCCUGGAAGCGAUGUUUAAUCAAGGAUACAUCCGAAAGCAGUGUGUGGAACAUUACAACGAAGUCAAGCGUAUCACCAUCUGUGAAUAUUUGCCUCCCCACGUGGCCAUUUAUAUUGAUAUGCCCGUUCCAGAAGUACAGAAAAAGAUUCAAGAAAAGGGAGAUCCACAUGAAAUGAAGGUGUCUCCUGCAUAUCUCCAGGACAUUGAAAAUGCCUAUAAGAAAACUUUCCUCCCCGAGAUGAGUGAGAAAUGUGAGGUUUUGCAGUACACUCCAAAAGAAGCACAAAAUGUGGAAAAGGUGUUGGAGGAUUACCAGUACUUGAAGUUUGAUAAGGGACCUUGGCUGGAGCAGGAUAAUGUCUCUUUCCAUCAUUUAAGGCUGCUGGUGCAGAAUAAAUACGACGUCGUUAAUUAUGCAACUAUUCCUGAAUUCAUCCCAGAACUAACCAUCGGAGCUCAUAAGGCUUAUCGACUCUAUCAUGAAUUCAGAAAUCUGAAAGGUCGGAAGUAUGCAAGAGGCUACAACGAAGAGGUGGGUGACAAGUGGAUCUGGUUGAAAUAAAACCGGCCUCCCUCCGAAGAUCUGAUGUGGAACAACUUCAGAAUCUGAAUGUUAAAGAAGCUUUGGAUCCUCUACCUUAUCUAGAAUCUUUAUAACUUAGCAAAUAUCACCAAGAAAAUACAUAUAAAAUUGGGAAAUGGAAGAAAGGAAUCACCCACCAAAAAUAAACUGCUCAAUAGUAUACUUAGUGGAUUGGAAAGAAAUAAAGUUCUUUCUCCUAUCAAUCAAUCAAUCAAUCAAUCAAUCCAGAGUGAUUAUUGUUGAGAAAUUCCCAGUCAGCCCUGAUGAUGGUAAAAUGUCACCAGAAAAAUCUUCAUUUCACCUGUGGUUCUGGGUUAUGCAGAUUUUGUAAAUCUAGUUCUGCGGAUUUGAAAUAAACAAUUUUGGUGGAGAAUGUUUGUAUGUUUAUAAUCAUAAGAAUUAUUUCAAUGUAACGUUUUGAGUAAAUUCCAGCUACAUAAAAGGAAAAUUAUCAGUAAAAGAGGAGGAAAAUAAUCCAGGUAAGAUUUUCAACAACGGUGUAUUUCUUUAAGGCUUUCACAGUAGUUGCCAUCAGUUGUUCUCAUAACACUCAGUUCCAGUGGGAAAUUUCAGCGUCAAAUGUGGAUGGGGUAAAAUGCAAAGGGAAAGUACUAAUUGUUGUCUUUUUGUUCUGGAAAAUCAGGUAGUUUUUCAAAAAUGAGUUAGAGAGAAAGGAAUUCAUGCUUGCUUAUUCAGUUGGCUCAGCCUUUGCUUUCUGUUCAGUAAUAAAAGUGUAGCCUUGGAGAGAGCAUGUAUUUCUUGCAUGCCAAUUGCAGAGUUCAGGGUUACAUCUCCAAAGCAAAUUUAGGACACUUAUAAAAAGAAAUUCAAAUUCCUCUUAAGUAAUUUUUUUUUAGUUAUUAAACAUAAAAAUAAAAGAUUCCUGGCAGUUUUUGUACUUCAGAAUCCAGAUCUAAAUGGCUGUAAUUUUGCAUUUCAAAAAGGAGCAAGAGGUUUAAUCAAUAAAUAAAGUGUUGCUAGGCAUGGAGCCAGUCGUGCCCAACACUAACAGUCUAAGUCCCUCAGUUUGCCCUUGGCUUCUACCACACAUGCUCAUUAAAAGGAGUAAAAAGAAAAAGGGAAAUCUCUGUGAUUUUUUUUGGAGGGGUGUUUCUGAUGGAUUCUGUGGCCUUCUAGGUCAUAAACUGGCUGUUUCUGUAAAUCUUGACAAUUCCACCGAAAUAGUCACCAGUGGAGUGGUAGAAAAAAUGAUCUACUAUGUAGUCAAGACUGGUUUUGUGAGAUCUAAGCCUCUUUUCAAACCAAGUUCCAAUUUUGAACAUUUUCCUGGGUUACUGGGCAUCGGUAAUUCACAAGCAUUUGUGUUUAAGCAUGUGUGGUAUAAACUCCCCUGAUGGAAUGCGAAGUUUGUUAUUUGUAGUCCUGGGAAAGUUGAUCUGUUUUAUUUUCUGAUGUUUUCUUUUGUAAGGGUGUUGGGUAGAGAAUCACAAAUGAGUUUUCAGCCCUCCCUCCGAAUUUAAGCAGCUGUUGACUGACCCUAAACUCUGUUUUGCAUGAAAAGAACAUGUUUUAAUCCAGCAAAAAUGCUUACAGGCAUUUAAGGCAAGGAAUAAACACGAAAUUCACCAAA